AAACCGAAAUCAACGAAACCAUUCUUGAGGAUGAAGCAGACAGUUCUCUUAGAUCUAAGUUACAUCAUGCAAACCCUCCGGGCAAGAUUCUUAAACAUCUAUUUAAGAAUACUAAGAGACAACAACAAAAGUUAACAUGUCAACACAUGUCUUCUGCUGCUGGCUACAUGAUGGAACACGCUCCUUUACCCAGAGCAGCUUGCCUUCACUCACUAGACAGAAAGAGUGCUGGCGCCUGGCUCACUGCAAUUUCGGAAUCCACAAAAUUUGUAUUGAAACCACACAAAUAUUGUUUGGUGAGUUUGGUGAGAUUAGGUAUGCAAUUGGCAGCUGGAUUGAGAGGUGUGGUUGUGGAGCAACAUUGGAUGACUUGGGUUAUCACUUACUUACUUGUAAGAAGGCUGGUGGCCCAGUUUGGUCACAUGAUUCAGUAGUAUGUGAAUGGGAUGAUUGUACACAUCUUCAGUUACAUCACAAGCAAGAACCUAGAGAUAGGUACAGCAACAGUAAUAACCGACCAGAUAUUGCUGUGUUCAAUGUCAGGUCAGGCGCUAAUGUGGAAUUAAAUGUGGCUCUUUCACAUCCCUGGGCAUCAUCUAUUUUGAAUCAAGCUGCAGAGAAAGAUCAGGCAGCUGCUGCUAGAAGAGAGGAGAGGAAAACAAUAAAAUACAGUCAAUUCAAACUUCAUGGAGCACCACCAUUGAGGUUUGUUCCCCUUGUCAUGGAACACUCUGUUCGUUGGGGUAAAGAAGUCAACAAACACUUGCAGAAACUGUACAGAGGGCAUCAAACAAUUCAGGCAAAAACAACUGCAAGGGAAUUUGCUUUUGGCAGAAACACUUCUCAACGACAUUGCAGAGGUGUAACGCUAACACAAUCACCAAGAAGAUUUUAAUUCUAACUUCCAGUAAUCAUAUGACAUAGAUGAUUUUGUAAUUAAUUUUAGUACAGUAGAUUGAUAGGUAUAGUGGCCCUAUAAGGCCUAUGAACUCAAUCAAAAGUUUAGCCUGUAAUAAUGAUCAUGUUUCAAAUAUAUUGCCAUUGUCAGACAGACAGACAGACAGAUAGACAUGCGAUUGAGACAAGUAGAGUUGCUUAGUUGUGUUGAAUGUAGAUUUCAAUGUUGAAAAUACAUGUAUUGGACAGACAGACAGACAGACAGAUAGACAAACAGACAGAUAUAAAAAUAUAUGAAAAUUUGACAGACAGACAGACAGACAGACAGACAGACAGACAGACAGACAGACAGACAGACAGACACAGACAGACUGACAGACAGAAUCAAGUUUAUUGUCAACAAACUUCACUAAUACAACAGUUACUGUUAAAACAAAUUGUUCUACAUAUAGUCCGAGACUAUUUAAUGUGUAAACACUGAAUAACUACACUAACAGGUAAGCAAACUACGAUAACUGUUACUCUAUUGGUUGUAAUUACAAGAAACCGAAC